AUGGGCAAUGGGCACAACCUUGGAUCAGCUUUACAGUAUUUUGGUCAAGCGAAGAAAAGAAUUAAUGAUAUAUUUAAAGAGAUUGGUGAAUACAUUAUAGAAACAGAUCAAUUUGUUGAUGGAUUUAAAGAUAAAGUUGGAGGAAUCAUGGAAAUUCUAGCUAGAGACAGAAUGAAAGUGGCCUUUUUUGGAAGAACAUCCAAUGGUAAAAGUACAGUAAUUAAUGCUAUGUUACGAGAUAAAAUUAUGCCCAGUGGAAUCGGUCACACGACUCAUUGUUUUAUACAAGUAGAAGGUACAGAUUCACAGGAAGGUUUCCUACUUACAGAAGAGUCGGAUCAACCACAAAGCAUUAAUUCUAUCAAGCAACUGGCACACAAUCUUAGCGCAGUAAAAUUAGAAGAAAAUUCCCUUGUCAGAAUUCUUUGGCCGAAAUCAAAAUGUAAAUUUUUAAAGGAAGAUGUGAUCUUUGUUGACAGCCCUGGUAUAGACGUCACCCAACAGCUAGACUCUUGGAUUGAUAAAUACUGUUUAGAUGCUGAUGUUUUUGUUUUAGUUGGUAAUGCUGAAUCUACCCUUAUGCAAACAGAGAAAAAUUUCUUCCACAAAGUGAGCUCUCGUCUUUCAUCUCCUAACAUCUUUAUUUUACUCAAUCGAUGGGAUGUUUCUGUACUGGAGGAAGAUGUAGAAGAGGUCCGUCUGCAACAUUUAGACCGUAAUCUUGGUUUCCUAGUAGAUGAGUUAAAAGUUGUGAGUAAUAAGAAAGAAGCAGAAGACAGAAUAUAUUUUAUAUCAGCGAGAGAGGCGUUAAUAUCCAGAUUACAUCAAGAUAAAGGAACCCCCACACCUACUGGCACGUUACAAGAAGGUUUUCAAGGCAGAUUAUUUGAAUUUGCCAAUUUCGAACGUAAAUUUGAGGAAUGUAUUUCUAAGUCGGCGGUCCAGACUAAGUUUGAACAGCAUACUAAACGAGGCAAAUUAAUUACAUCUGAGGUUAGAGGUGUCAUGGAGGAGUCAUAUCAUAAAAGUCUUACAAAAACUGAGGAACAAGUAAAAGAAUACCGUGAGAAAUGUGAUGAAUUGGAUUAUCUGGGUAAACAGUUAAAAUUAUUAACUUACGAAGUUAAAGAUAAGAUCAAACUCAUGGUAGAAGAUGUAGAGAGAAAGGUUGCAAGUGCUUUAAAUGAUGAAAUCCGUCGUCUGUCUUUACUAGUAGAAGACUUUGAUAGACCCUUUCAUCCAGACAAUUUGUUAAUUAAUGUAUAUAAAAAGGAAAUGCAUGCUCAUGUAGAGCAAAGUUUAGGUCGAAAUCUGCAGCAACGAUGCUCCACUGUUUUAUUACAAGCUGUAACAGACACGCAAAACCAAAUGACAGAAAGAUUAUCAGCAUUAUUACCAGAUGAAACUAGACAACUGUUAUUCAACCAGAUUCCUAAACGGGAGUUCGAGAUAGCGUAUCGACUAGACUGUCGUAAUCUGUGUGCCGAUUUCAAGGAAGAUAUUGAAUUUCGAUUUUCGUUCGGACCUACAGCUCUCAUGCAGAAAUUCAUGGGAUCAAAGACUGCCAGAACAGCCUUAAUUGGAUCUGCAGGCAUGAUGAACCAAGCUCCUAAUCGACAUGCAUCUGGUGAUGGUAGUGGGAUAAUAUCUCAACAGAAUGGAGAUGUUCUUGCUACAGCUUUAUCUACCUUUGUUUCGCUAGCAUCCAGAUCUACUCUGGGAACUGUAGCUGUAGUUGGUGUGAUAGGUAAAGCGGCAGGGUUGAGAGUUAUAGCUGUAUCAGGUAUAUUAUAUGGAUUGCUAUAUAUGUACGAGAGGUUGACCUGGACAACCAAGGCUAAAGAACGAAGUUUUAAACAACAAUAUGUAGAAUACGCUAGUAGUAAAUUAAGAUUAAUCGUAGAUUUGACCAGCUCCAAUUGUAGCCAUCAAGUACAACAAGAAUUAAGUUCCACGUUUGCACGACUCUGUCAUCAAGCUGAUCUUUCUAAACAAGAACUACAAGAUGAAAUUAAGUCUUUAGAUCAUAUUAUAGAGAAAUUGAGAGAAACCACAAGUAAAGCUAAAACACUCAGGAAUAAGGCUGAUUGGUUAGACAAUGAAUUGAAUAGUUUUAGCAACCUGUAUCUUAAAGACACAUGA